GUAGCCUAUGCCAAAAACCCUUCAGAUGUCUUUGUCAUGUCUCAAGAAAAAGUGAAAUAAUUUGUGGUCUUUUAUGAAUCAGAUGCCUGUUUACCGUUUCGAUAAUGAAUUUGGGUGCACACGCGAUGAGAUCGUCGUUAUCGUUACAGAAGCUGUGCAUUCUUUCUCUACUACACUUGAAACUCCUGCCGUGUCAUUGCUUUCAGCGAUCAUUGAUGAGACACAGUCAAACCAUCCGCAGCCUCUGUGCAGGACCCAAUUCACCUGGUCCCCUGAGGCCAGAUGACUCUCCCAAAAAGAGUGAUCCCCAAACCAGCCCCACUAACUCAGCUUGGUCCCCUGCCCAUGGCCCACCACCCGCUCCCACCCAUUGCUGCAUGAGUGGUUGUCAUAACUGUGUGUGGAUCGAGCAUGCGGAGCAGCUCCUGGCAUACUACAAUGAUGGAGGUGACCGGGCACUGGCUGCCAUUGAGGAGAAUGUCGUGGAUGAGAACCUUAAAACCUACCUAAAGAUGGAGAUCAGACUCUUGAAGAAGCAUUGACGUAUGCAUUUAUUUGAAGUAUUGAUCUUGAUUAUUGAUCAUGAAGUGAAAUGGGUAUGAGAAGAAUUGAGGAGGGGAGUUUUCCUGUUUAAAGGAAUAGUUUUGCAUUUUUGAAGUUUCUCACUAUGUUGUUGUCACGGCACUUGUAGUACAUAGGUAGGUUUCAUUUUCACAGUCGUCCAUCCUUUUCUUCAUACUGAACAUACAGCUUCAGUUUGCUAUCCACAGUUCAAUGCAGUCAAUAGGGAACAAAGCUAUAACACUCUUCUGUGCAACAAAAAGCACAAUUUUUAAAAUGACCACUUGAAUUUGCUAUGAUAGACUGCUGUAGCAUCAUGUUAGCUUUGGCUGAAACAUGGAGUGCUUUUCUUUUUUCUUUUUUUGCACUGCUUGAGCAUUGUGGGCUUGUCCCUUAUUGAUCGCAUUGAACCGUAGAUGGCCAGACAGAGCUGAGUGCCCAGUAUGAAGAAAAGUGUGGAUGGCUGUGAAAAUUAAACCUACCUAUAUGUAUCACAUGAGCAGUGAGUAUAAAAUAUAGAUAGACUUCAAAAAAUCUUAACUAACCCUUUAAAACCUUUUGACAUUUUGUAAGCACUUUAUAUAGUAUAUUUAAUUCCACUGUGGAUGCCAUUAAGUUUGUCAUAUAUGUCUAUUGGAUGAAAGUGUUAAACUGUACCCUUGGUCAAGAACAGCCUGCUUUUGGCCACUGCAUAUACAGUAGCCUAUACUUAAAAAUGGGAACAGCUGGCAGUGCAUGGAAUUAUCAUUGUGUAGAAUGGUGAUAGGCAUUAUCAGACAAAUAUGUGAAACCAUAGGGACAUCCAGGUAGUGUAGCAGUCUAGUCCGUUGCCUACCAACACUGGGCUCGCUGGUUCAGAUCCCCGCGUUACCUCCGGCUUGGUCGGGUGUCCCUGCAGACGUAAUUGGCUGUGUCUGCGGGUGGGAAGCCAGAUGUGGGUAUGUGUCCUGGCUGCUGCACUAGCACCUCCUCUGGUCGGUCAGGGCACCUGUUCAGGGGCGAGGGGGAACUGGGGGGAAUAGUGUGAUCCUCCCACGUGCUACGUCCCCCUGGUGAAACGCCUCACUGUCAGGUGAAAAGAAGCGGCUGGUGACUCCACAUGUAUCGGAGGAGGCGUGUGGUAGUCUGCAGCCCUCCCCGGAUCAGCAGAGUAGGUGGAGCAGUGACCAGGAUGGCUCGAAAGAGUGGGGUAAUUGGCCAGAUACAAUUGCCCCCCCCCCCUCAAAAAAAUAUGUGACACCAUUUUACAUUUUGCUGACGGGUAACUUGCUGACAGUCCUCACCAUUUCAAGUUUCAUGCCAUUACUUUCAAAAUGCCACUUUGUCUGAUUAAAAUGGAUGGUGGCUUUCCAUUUUGACCCACCAUCGCAGGUGUUUGAUGGGCAAAAACCACAACAGUGGGGUUGUCACUGCCUCACCUUUUUUCAAGGUGGCUCAAUGAAGGAAUGGUGGAUUAUUACAUGAGUACAGUAAGUGGCUCUCGGAGCGUUCAUGGGAAAUAGUUCUGUCGGAAAAGUAGUUUGUGGCCGUGACACAUAGUCACCAUAGGAGAAUCAGUACAGCCAGAUUCACACCGCAGCUCAGUUCCUGAUCCUGUUGAGGUGAUCUGUUCCUUUAAACAUGCCAGCGUUUCUUAUUUGGAUAGCAAUGAUAAUUCUUGCUCUUUUUAACUAAUUAUGUUGAAACGUUUAGCGUUUUACCACAAUCAUGAAGCACAUUUCCACAAAUUCUAGAGGUGUGAACUAAAAUGUGAAAGUGCAUUACUUUUAUUUUUCUAUAUUUUAUGUGUAACUUCUUUUGGUGUAUUUAACAGUGUUUCUCAAUAACAGAUUUGAAAAGUAUUUAUAAAAUAAGU